UGCCAGGACAACGGGCCAGUGCGUCGACCUGUUGUGAAGAACGUUUCAGUGAGACGUCCACCAGAGCAGUGAUGGACUCAUCGGUUAACGUUGUCCAGCUGUAGUUAGUCAUGUGUCGGGGUUAGUGGUAGCGGGUUGAAAGCUAGGCUAACAGAAGCUAACAGCAGGCUAAUGCUAACGUAAAACCACCUCGCUAAUCCCCGUGUGUCGGAUAAUCCUGACCGCUCCUCGGCUGCUCCUCCAUCACCGCUCAGUGCCAUGAACGGCUCUUCUCUGAGGUCUUCUCUCAGCCGUGUCUCCUCCACCCGCUGUGGUCCCGCUCCACUGACCACCAUGGAACUCCACCUGAACCGAGUGGAUUACAUGCAGGUCGGGGUCACCUCCCAGAAGACCAUGAGACUGCUGCCAGCCAUGGGGAAGAAGACCACCCAGAAGGUGGCUGUUGCAGACCAAGACGGCGUGGUGACGUGUUUUGGGAUGAAGAAGGGCGAGCCGGUGCCCGUGUUUAAGACCCUGCCCGGUCAGAAGGUGAGCCGUCUGGACCUGGGGGGGGCGCUAGGGACCCCCCAGGAGAAGAUCUUUGUGUGUUCGGGAUCCGAGGUCCGCGGCUUCACCAAGAAGGGGAAACAGUUCCUCACCUUCGAGGCCAACCUCACCGAGAGCAUCAAUGCCAUGCGCGUGUCGGGGGCGGACCUCUUCGUGUGCGCUAGCUACAUCUACAACCACUACUGCGACUGUAAGGACCAGGACUACUUCCUGUCCGGAGACAAGAUCAACGACAUCACUUGUGUGACCUCACCGCACCUGGAGCGCACCGCGCCCGUCCUCGCCUGCCAGGACCGCCUCCUCAGGGUGCUGCAGGGCUCAGAGCUCCUGUAUGACGUGGAGGUCCCCGGCCCCCCCUCAGUCCUACAGCUGUACAACAAAGAUGGAGGUGAGGACGUGCUCUACGGGACAGCGGACGGUAAGGUGGGCCUGCUGAAGAUGGGCGAGUCGUCAGCGAGCGCCCAGUGGGAGAUGGACAAUGAGCAGAAGAAAGGAGGGGUCCUCUGCAUCGACACCUACGACAUCACAGGGGACGGAGUGGCCGACCUGCUGAUUGGCCGGGACGACGGCGGCGUGGAGGUGUACGGCUUCGACGACUCCGGGGAGCCAGCGCUGCGCUACGAGCACGUGUUGUCAGAGAGCGUGACGUCCAUCCAGGGGGGGUGUGUCGGAAAGGACUCCUACGAUGAGGUCAUCACCGCCACCUACACAGGCUGGGUGACCGGUCUGACCACGGAGCCCCAGAAGGCUGAGGCAGGGCCCGGGGACGAGCUGCGCAUGAGCAAGGAGACCCAGACCAAAGUGGCCGCACUCAGGCUGGAGCUGGAGCAGCUGCAGGGCCAGGUGCUGCAGGGCCGCGAGCGCUACCAGCAGACGGCGCAGUCCCCCUCGGCCGUGUCCGCCGUGCCCGUGUUCAGCAUCAACGACAAGUUCACUCUCUGCCAGGACGACGCCAGCUACAGCCUGACGCUGGAGGUCCAGACCGCCAUCGACAACCUGCUGCUGCAGAGCGACGUGCCCAUCGACCUGCUGGACGUGGAUAAGAACUCGGCCGUGGUCAGCUUCAGCGAGUGUGACUCAGAGCAGCCCAACGGGAACUUCCUGCUGGCCACGUACCGUUGCCAGGCCAACACCACCAGGCUGGAGCUGAAGGUGCGGUCCAUCGAGGGUCAGUACGGGACCCUGCGGGCCUACGUCACGCCCCGCCUGCAGCCCAAGACCUGCCAGCUCCGUCAGUACCCCAUCAAGCCGCUCUCGCUCCACCAGAGGACCCACAGCCUGCAGCAGGAGCGUCCGAUGAGCCGUCUGAGUCUGUCCGGUCAGUUCAGUCUGGCUGAGAUCCACUCCUGGGUGGGCUUCUGUCUUCCCGAGGUCCCGGAGAAGACCCCUGCCGGCGACACUGUCACCCUGCACUUCACCAACACCUUCCUGGGCACCCAGCUGGAGGCCACCUACUGUAAAGGGGAAGGCCAGUUCCGCUCGGACAACAUCUCCACCAUCUCCAUCCUCAGUGACGUCCUCUCCAAGGAGGCCACACAGCGCAAGAUCAACCUCAGCGUCUCCUACGAUAUAAACGAUGAGUCGGUGAGCCAUACCCUGAGGAUGAUCCACCCUAAACUGGAGUACCAGCUGAUGCUGGCCAAGAAGGUCCAGCUCAUCGACGCCCUGAAGGAGCUGCAGGUCCACGAGGGCACCGCUGACUUCCUGAUCCCGGAGUACCGCAGCAUCCUGGACGAGUCCCAGCACCUCCUGGACGAGUACAAGAAGCAGCCAGCGCACCUGGAGAGACUCUACGGGAUGAUCACAGACCUCUUCAUCGAUAAGUUCAAGUUCAAAGGUCAGAACGUGAAGACCAAGGUGUCCGCACUGCUGGAGAUACUUGAUAACUACGACCUGAACUCCCUGCUGGACUUCUUCAGUGAAGCCUAGUUUGGUGGUCCAUGGACGGGUUGUGGAUAGAAGAGUUAUGUUGGAUAGUCUGAAUAUAAUAGGAUAUACUUAUUUUUUAUCUGUCAAAAAUGUGUUUUAGAAGGUAUUUUUACAAGUGUUGAUAGGUCGGAUAUAACAGAAUGUACACCUAAAUGGAUCUUUGACAAUAAAUUCAUGCAAAUAUACAUUUUAUAGAGGUUUCAAGUGAAUAUGUGUGUAAAAUAAAGUUCAUUUAAUUUAAAUAGUAUUACUCAUAAUGCUACUUAAAAAAAUUAAAAAACUAAAAAUUACUUCAUGCCAAAUAUUUUGCCAAUAUUAAGCAGACAUUAGACAUAAUUAAGACAGACGGGAGAUAUUUUAAUGAAUGGCCGGGAAAUGCUUGGAUUUCCGGCAUCUUCAAUUGUAACAAAUAACAGUGCUAAUAAAAUAUCUGAUUAGAAUUAUAUAUAUGUAAAAUA